UGUUGCGCGGUCAUGGCAACUUCCCGCUCCGCCAUAAUGUAGGCGGAAGCUCAUAAAAACAGAAAACAAAAAAAAAAUGUUCCUAAAUUUUAAGUGUUUGUUUCAAUAAUGUCAAGAAGCAGGUCUGCAAUGGAGAAGAGACAAGUCCAAUAACAAAGACACAAAUCGUUAGAGGAGUAGUUCAUUUAACCGCGUCUACAGAAACUAUGAACUGAAAGGGUGAAAAAAUGGACAUAGACGCGUUAACGAUCGGUACAACAGACUACGAGGACCUAAUGAUAAACGACUCGGCUGACAACAUGUCCUCGGAGGCCCGCGGCCUCACGGCCCCCCUGGUGGGUCUCGCGGGGGGCGACGGCGCAGGGGUGCAGCUCGCCGCCUACAACUACACGUCGCUGGAGUCCAUCGUGUCCGAGGUGUGGGAGCGGCGGCCGGGGCUGCCGGGCGUGCAGCUGCACGAGGCGUGUGUCCUGCUGCUGAGCGCGCUCGUCGUGGGCGUGCACGGGCUGGCGGGCUUGCUGCAGAGCGCGCUCUCGCCGCACGCCGUGUGGGCCCUGCUGCACGCCGGGCUGGUCCUGGGCUGCCUGUACGCGCUCGCCUCCAUGUGCAUGGCCGUGCACGCCGCCCUCUGCCGGCGGUUCAUUCUCGACGACGAGGAGGACGCCGACGAGAAGGCGGCGCCGGCGAGCGCACAGGAGGAGGAGCCGCCGCUGGAGAGCUUCGUGUCGGCGCAGCUGGAGAAGGAGGAGCGAGUGCAGCGAUGGAUAGACAACCUUUGCGCGACGCGCGACCAGGUCAACCUGGAGGCGUGCGGGGAGAUGGAGGGGCGGAACAUGGAGGCCGAGGUGUCCAGCGCGGACCUGCUGGGCGACGGCCAGCCCCCGCCCACCCCUACGAAGUGGGUAACUGUCAAUGAAGUGAACAUAGUGCGCAUUUAA